UUCUAACCUCUUUGCGCGUGUUCCUUAGGUUAGUUACUGAGUUUUAAUCUGUUCUAACGUACCAAAGAGUUAGUCUUUGUAACGUAUCAUCGGUGUUGAAAUGUCGAAAAUUAGUGAUACCGAUAUCAAUGCUGUUGGUCGCAUUUUAAACGAUAAGACGAAACCACUGAAGGAUAGAUUUCGUGCAUUAUUUACACUGAAGAACUUAGGAGGAAACGUAGCAAUUGAACAAAUUCAAAAUUGCUUUAAUGACACAUCGGCGUUAUUAAAACAUGAACUUGCGUAUUGCCUUGGACAAAUGCAAGAUCCCUCUGCGAUACCUGUUCUCGUGAACGUUCUCAGAGACGAUACACAAGAAGCUAUGGUUCGACACGAAGCUGCUGAAGCACUAGGAGCUAUAGGCGUUGACAGUGUGAUCCCAAUCUUAGAAGAAUACAGUCGAGAUCCUGUAAUUGAAGUCGCUGAAACCUGUCAACUUGCCUUAAACAGACUACAGUGGCUUACAGUUUCUGAUGCCAAUUUAAUUUGUACAAGCAAAAAUCCAUAUGGUACUGUAGAUCCUGCUCCACCAACUGAGAUACAAGACAUUAGUGUUUUGAAGGAAAAUCUACUAAAUGAGAAGUUACCACUGUUUGAUAGAUAUCGUGCUAUGUUUGCAUUAAGAAAUCUAAGGAAUAAAGAAAGCGUACUUGCAUUGUCAGAAGGUUUACGAGCUGGCAGUGCAUUGUUCAAACAUGAAGUUGCAUUUGUUCUGGGCCAAUUACAACAUGAAAGUUCUGUGCCAUAUUUACGAGAUUCGCUUGAAGAUCCUACUGAAAAUGAGAUGGUUCGUCAUGAAUGUGCUGAGGCCUUAGGUGCAAUUGCUACUGCAGAAUGUUUUGAAAUUUUGAGAAAAUACCUUAGUGACACUAAACGUGUUGUUCGCGAAAGUUGUAUCGUUGCAUUAGAUAUAUGUGAACAUCAAAAUAGUUUGCAAUUACAAUAUGCUGAUUCUUUAACAAAGUCAUGUGCCUAAUUUAAAUAUAUUGAGAAAACAUUUGAAAA